CGGGAAUGUGACUUGAAAGAAGUCCUUGGAUUUGCAUAUUAAUGAAUUGAAAGCUGCAACCCUGCGCCUGGGUUGCCCCUGUUCUGUGAUCCUGGCUCGAGUACGCUUUGACCCCACAGCCCGACCAAGAGACCAGGGAACCAUUUCGGUUGGACUCGAGGCCUAGUCCCUGGGGUCCUCGGGGUUUGAAAUGCAGUUGCCGCCGUCGCGCUGGGCGGAGCGGAGUGAAACGCGUUUGGUUGUUAGUGUCGCUUUGUGCUUGCCGUCGGGAGCCGGGGUGUUUGGGGCGGGUGGUUGUUGGGAGGCUGAUGGCUGCGGUCUUCCUGGUGAUGUUGUAUGAAUAUUCACCGCUCUUCUACAUAACCCUCAUCUUCCUCUGCUUCUUUGUAACCACUGCCGUCAUCUUGGGAUGGUUUGUUUGGGAUAUUCCUGUAAUAAUCCGGAAUUCGGAGGAGACCGAGUCCGGGACCAGGGUGCAGAGAAAACGUAUGGUGCAGGUGAAAAACCCGUUCGCGUUGGAAGUUUUGAACCCCGGUGCUGCAUCAGUUAUCGGUGGAGUAAAUCUCAAAUCUCAUUGCAUAGAGAAAUGCUUUCUGACAGUCUACUGGGGAUGUAAUGUUCAUAAACUUCAUGAAGGAUUACAAAAACAUAUUUACAGCUUCAGAAUCAAGGUGCCACAGAAACUGGAAGAAGCUAUAGAUAGACAAUAUCUCUAUCAAGAGACAUUUCUCAUUGAGAAACAGAGUGACAGUGAAAAAUUCUCUCAGCUACCUAAAUAUUUAACAAUAAAAGAUUUUGGGAGUCUGCCUCGAACACGAUAUCCACUAGUAGCAUUGUUAACAUUAGCAGAAGAGGAAGACUGGGACAUUUAUGAAAUUGUUUCUAUGGUUACAGUAAUUCAUGUUCCAGAUGAGAAAUACAGACUCACCUGCCGAAUCUUGUACCAGUAUCUGUUGACUGCACAAGGUCACAUAUAUGACCUUAAGAGACUUUUUGUACCUGUGGAUGAAACCAGUUUGCCUGCACAACUGCCUUCAGAAACUAGCCUGGAUAAAAAACUCCUGGAAAAAUUUGGCACCACAGAGGAGGAGCUUGACUCUCAAAGUGAAAGCAGCAAGGAUUGUGUUGUGUGUCAGAAUGCUCCUGUGAACUGGGUUCUGCUGCCUUGCAGACAUGCCUGUCUGUGUGACUGUUGUGUGAACUACUUCAAGCAAUGUCCCAUGUGCAGAGAGUUUAUUGCAGAAUCUUUUGCCCUCUUACGAACAGAAGAAGAAGUUGGUGCAGUUAAAGGUGAUGAUGAUAAUCGGACAUCUGAAGGUAUCUGGGAAGAAUCGGAUGAAGAAAACAUUCACAAUGAUGUAAAUGAACAGCUUGAUAUUUAAUGGAAAAAGUAAAUAAAUUUGGCAUGUACAGCUUUUACAAUACUGAAGGUCUGUGUGCAAUCUAGAGUCAUAAGCCAUGAAGAAGGAUGACAUAAGAUGUCUUGUAAUUAAGUUAUUUAAGACAUUAUUGAGAUUCUGAGUAGGGAUAAUGUUUACUUGUAUGUGUUAAGGUUCAAAGGAAUUAUAUUAACAAGUAGGUUAAUCGUUUAAACUUCUCCAGGAACACAAUAACAUUUAUACAGUUUAAUUUAAUUAAAUUAGUAUUUGACAUUUUUAAACAUCAACUUAUUGCUGCACCAGAAAUUGUUUCAGGUUCUUGCAAGUUUAAGUGGUAAUUAUAUUCAAAUCUUCACACAUUUUAUUUUACUUCAAAUCAUGAUCUUUCUCUUAUCUAUUUCAAAGAAUCUUAGUGAUUAUGCCUGUUACAACAAAACUUAUCAUGGACCGGACACUAAUUUAAGAAUAGGACCUGUUUAGAAUUUUUCAUCUGUUUCCCAGCUACAGUCAGCAAUGGUUUGAUUAGAUUAGAUUACUUUACAGUGUGGAAACAGGCCCUUCGGCCCAACAAGUCCACACCGACCCGCCGAAGCGUAACCCACCCAUACCCCUACA